CCAACUCGUCUCACUCCACCGAGCUCACUCACAAUGGCUACUAGCACCAAGCUUGUAGCUCUUGGCUUUGUUGUCCUUGUGAGCAUUGGGUUUGCCGAUGCUGCAAGGAUGCUCGCUAGCACCUCCAGUGCUUCGGGUGGUGGAGGUGGCGCGGGAGGUGGAGGCGGUGGCGGUGGGUCUGGUGAGAGUGGAUGGGGUGGAGGGUCUGGAUCAGGUGGAGGCUCAGGAUAUAGUGAAAGCGGAGGGGAUUGGGGUAACAAGUGGAACUUCGCCAGGGGAGCUGGUGGAGGAGGAGGAGCUGGGGGUGGCGGAGGAUCAAAUGGUGGAUACGGGUCUGGCUCUGGAUCCGGAUCCGGCACCGGCAGCGGUGCGAGUGGCUCCGCAUCAGCUCCUAGUGGCAAUGGAUAUGCCAAUGCUGAUGGUAAGGGUGGGGGUGGGGGUGAAGGUGGCGGUGCAGAUGGGUCUACCGGAUCCGGAGCUGGCUCUGGCCUUGGCAAGGGAUAUGGUGAGAGUGGCAUAUCAAAGGCACCCGCUCCUGCUGGUGGUGGUGAUGGUACCAGCUACUCUGAUGCUGGUGGUACUGGUAACGGUGGUGGUGGCGGUAACAAUGGAAAUGGUGGUGGUGCCGGUGCUGGUGCAGGACAGGCCGGCAACGAUGAUACUUCUGGGGGCUUUGCGAAUGGAGGAGGAAGAGGCAACGGUGGUGGCACAGCUGGAGGCGGCGCCGAAGGUCCAAGCGUUGGAGUCGGGUCUGGCACUGGGUCUGGCGCGGGACAAACCGGUAGUACUGGCUCAAAUGGCACAGGUUAUGCCACCGGAAUGGGUGGCGGCAUGGGUGGUGGCAAUGGUGGUAGCAUUAAUGGAGGAAGCGGUAGUGGUGGAGGCAGUGGAUCCGGAUCUGGAGGUGGCGGGUACAACUAAAUUACUCUUUGUUGAGCAAGCUAUAGCGGGAACUCAACAUAUAUUUAUUUUUUCAUCAUUUUAUUAGUAUUUUGCGUCGAAGGAGACGUGGCAUGCACGAAAGGGAUGAUCCUGGGCGUCACUAGAGAAAUAAAUAGCACUUCCUAGAUUAGCCUUUAGCUCCUACUGCCGUCGAGACUGGCUGUGCCAAUAGACAUAAUAGUAAUGUGAUGGAGUACCUCCUUUGUAGCAAUUUCUAUCUGAAUGGCCAAAUCACCUUAUCCCUUUGUUUUGUUUCCAA